AUUUCUUAUUUAUUGAACACCUCUAUUGUACAUGAUUUUAGGUAGAAAAAUGAAAUUUCCAAAAAAUAAAAUAACGUUAAUCUUUUCCGCGGUCACACAAAAAAAAGUCUUCGUGCGGAGUACAUAGCUCUUUCUCAAAUCUUCUAGAACCAUCUUCAAAUUCUUCACCCUCUCUCUUUCAAUCAUCUACAUCACUCCAUCACUCCAUCACCAACAUAAACUAAAACUUCACUCACAUUAAAAAAAAAUCAAAACCUUUCAAAAAAACCAAAAACUCAACAAUGUUCGGAGUCGUCUUCCCCAAUCGAAGUUUCCCAAUAGACAUCUCAACCUUCACUCAAAUCGACACAUUCCACUGGGUUCUCGACAUGAACCACUUCGUCGGUGAAGCUUAUGAUCAAAUCUCAGAGAUGUGUAUCUUCUUGUUAAACAAUUUCAAUCUUCCACCAGAUAAAGCUUUAGCUGUUUAUGUUCAAUCUCCAGGAUCAGCUUUUGUGUUCUGUGGUGCUGUAACUUUAGCUAGACCUUCUGCUGUUUUAUCACUUCAAUGGCCUGAACCUGGUAGUGCAGCGAAGAUGCAACUCACGGCGGGUGAUUCGAGUUCCUUAUCGGCGAAGAUCGGUGUUUCGGUGGAGGAUGUAGCAGCGUUGAGGUCGUUGGAUGUUGUUGCGGAGAGGAGGAUUGAGAAAUUGGCUAUGAAAGUUGGAGAGAAUUUGUUUAACUUUAUGCAGUCUUUUUGUGGUGUUGAUGGAAGUAAAUUGGUUGUUCCUAUGGAUAUUUUGGAUCGUUGGUUUAAGAAGUUUCAGGAGAAAGCUAAACGUGAUCCUGAUUUCCUCAAAAGCUUUGCUUUGUAAGGUUAGCGUUUUUGUAACAUUUGAUCUUGUGGUUCUAUGUGAUGAAUUGAACAAGAGAUUGUAGUUUUACUUUGUUUGUCAAUGUUUAUUAACUAGUUGAUCAUACUCUGCUUUUAAGCAAUUUAAAGUGUUGAACUUUAUAUCUUGUUGGUUUGAGGUAGAUGAAAAGGUGAAGAUUUAAUCUGUCUUGUGUUGAGGAAUGAAUUUUGAUUCUUAGUUUUUGAUUAGCUCACUUUGGUAUACUGUGUGGUUGAAUCCAUUUGAUCUUGGGUUAUAUAUGAUGAAUUGGAGGAGAGAUUGUAGUUUUACUUAGUUUGCUAGUGAGAUAAUAUGAGGGUUAUGAAUAUUUUGGUUUCAGUGUUCUUCUUGCUUACAUAUGAAUCACAGUUUUAGUAGGUGGAAUGGUGGAUACUGUUU